AUGGUAAAUGUUCCUGAAGAUAAAAUUAAAGCUAUAGGUGCGAUUUUAAAUGAUUCGAAAAAGCCGUUAAAAGCAAGAUUCAGGGCUUUAUUUUCAUUGCGUAACAUUAACAAUUCUACGUCAGUAGCAUGCAUUAGUGAGGGAUUUUCUGAUCCAUCUGCUUUAUUGAAGCAUGAACUUGCCUAUUGUUUGGGCCAAAUGCAAAAUAAAGAAGCUAUUCCAUUAUUAAUUAAAAUAUUAGAAGAUAAAAAUCAAGAACCAAUUGUUCGGCAUGAAGCAGCCGAAGCUCUAGGAGCCAUAGGAUUAUCUUCAGUGGCUGAAACACUCAAAACUUAUUCAACUGACAAAAUUCAAGAAGUUGCAGAAACAUGCGAACUUGCUUUGGCUCGAUUAAGUUGGUUACAAAAUAAUGAUAAUGAUAAAGAAUCUGAUUCAUUUCAUCAUUUUCAAAGUGUUGAUCCAGCACCAGCAUCUAACGAAACAGAUUUAGUAAAACUUGAUAGAAUGCUUUUAAAUGAAUCGUUAAGUUUGUUCGAUAGAUACAAGGCUAUGUUUGCUUUGAGAAAUAUUGCUUCAGAUGAAUCUGCUCUGAUUCUAACCAAGGGAUUAAAGUCAAAUAGUGCAUUGUUUUCUCAUGAAAUUGCAUUUAUUUUAGGACAGCUUCAAAACAAAGUGACUAUUCCUGCAUUAAUUGAAUGUUUAAAAGAUAAAACAAAAAAUGAAAUGGUCAGGCAUGAAUGUGCUGAGGCUUUGGGAGCCAUUGCAACGGAAGAAUGUUUUAAUAUAUUAAAAACAUUUCUAGACGAUGAAAAAAGAGUUGUUCGAGAAAGCUGCGAAAUAGCUUUAGAUAUUUGUGAUUAUGAAAAUACUAAAGAAUUUCAGUAUGCUCUGACUUAA